AUGAGUUCAAAAAUAUGCUCAGUUGAUGUGGAAAAAGAUUCUUUCUCAAAUGCUAUUUCUGAGAUUGAAAUUCUGAAGAGAAGAAAGAAAGAAGAAAUAAAGAAACAACAAGUUCUUGAAAUACAGGAACUUGAAAAAGCAAGCAAGAUUCUUGAAAAGCAGUGUCUGAGUGAGAUGAAUGAAGAAGUUCUGUUAAUUCUUCAUGCUCAGGCCAGACAACUACAGGAGAAGAAAAUAUAUGCUCAAGCAGCUGAAUCUGCUGUCUCUAAACCUGCUGUCUCAAAACCUGCUCAAAAUCCUGAGAAAACUGAGAAGAAUACUGCUCAUGCCUCUAUUCAUAGAAAAGUGGAAAAGAAAAUGCAAAAAGAGAAAAACUUUCAAAUCUCUAGAAAUAGAAGACUCAUUCUCAAAGUCUCAAACCAGGAUAUUCUGCAAAGAAACAAGCUAAACUCAAAUCUCAUUUUCAGAAUCAGAAAUGAAAUUAAUCAGCAGUUCUUUUCUCAGUUGAUGACUGAUAUUGAAGUUCAAAAACCAGUUAUAGCUUCAAUUGAGCCAUCAUUCUUUGAAAACUCUAUUAUUCUGACUACAAUGCCUGAAUUCAGUGCUGAAUUCCUUAUUCAGAAUGAGAAUCUCUGGAAGUCAGCAGUAGAAUCAUUGCUAAACACAACAAUUCUAUCUGAAAGAGAUGAAAAGUGA